GAAGGCUCAGUCACAAUCGAAUGCCUCAGAUGUACCACUUUUGAUGCGCGAUGCUGCUGUUCUCGUUGGUGUUUCAUUUACUCAUUGUAAAUUUAUCGUCUUGUGUACCCAAAAAUGAAACCAUCGAACAGAGGAAAAUCCAAUUUCACUGAAGGAGAGAAAGUAUUGUGCUUUCAAGGCAGUCUAAUUUAUGAAGCGAAGAUACUGAAGAUAUCUGAUGCGGACUCAUCGACAUUUUUCGUACAUUACACUGGAUGGAAAAAGAAGUAUGAUGAAUGGGUUCCAGAACUUCACGUCUUGAAAUUCACUGAUGAGAACUUGGAGCGACAGAAGUGCCUCAGCGAUCAACAAAAAAUCCUUGGUAAGAUCCGUCGAGCGCCGCCUUUUUUCCUCGGAGACAAAAAACGGGACGGUGCUGCCAAGGAAAGAGAUCAUUGGCGCCCAGAAAUGUUGAAAAAAGGGAAGAUAGGCAAAUCGAAUGGGUUGUUGAGUGGUCCGACGGGAAAUACUCGUGGAUUGACGAGACGCGAGGCCGCAUUAUCGAAAGUCGACUCUAAUCCACUAUCCAGAGUUUCGGUUGUAUCUUGUUCAGCUGAUGACGAAUGCAAAAAAUUGAAGUUAUCGAAGGACUCCGGUGUAAAACAGAAUCGCAAGCGUAGUUUACAACCGACGAAAGAAGACGAGGAGCAAUGGCUAAAUAUCGUUGAGGUGGAAAUCCCGCUUCCUGCCACUCUGAAGACAAUGCUUUAUAGGGACUGGGAGCUCGUUAACAAGGAACACAUGGAAAUCAAGCUGUCGUUAACAUACUGGAUUCAUGGGAUAAGCAUGAAACUUCCGCGUCCGGUGAUAAGAACAAAAAUUGGUCAGCUUUUGGCGUACACCAGUUUGGAUCAAGGUUGUAUGGAGUCUUACGUUUCAUCCAUGCGAGAACUCCUGGAAUAUUUGGCUGCGAAUUUUGAAAAACUUGGAGGUUUCAACUGCUCGAGUGCACCAGAGCUUUACAUCGCGAGAAAUGCCUGA